AUGGUGACAAAAUACACGCAAACCAAUGGAGCGCUCACCGUCGAUGAUCGCGACGCACACAAGGUGAAAACGAAGGCGUUCACCGCCGAUGAUCGCGACGCACACAAGGUGAAAACGAAGGCGCUCACCGCCGAUGAUCUCGACGCACACAAGGUGAAAACGAAGGCGCUCACCGCCGAUGAUCGCGACGCACACAAGGUGAAAACGAAGGCGCUCGACUUUGCGGCCAAAGACGAGGAGAGAUGGUGGAUCAUCAUUCCAAUACCGGCCUUUGUCACGCGCAUGAUCUUUGCUAUUCCUCGAGCUAUUUAUCGCGCUAUCAAGGGCGCGUUUCGGCUUCCUGGAAAUGUGGCUCAUGGUGCUUUAGGCAAGAAAGACGCGAAAAAACUUGUUAGAGCUCGUCAUCCAUCAUAA